UCUCUCUCAAAUCAAAACCCUAACCCAUGGAGAAUGUUCUGCUGAAAGUGGCCAUCUUCAUGGCCUCGUUCCUUGUUGCUUCAGCUUCUCCAUCUCCAUUUUCUCCAACAGCGCCAAUCUUGGGUUCGAUUCUGAGGAGCCUAGGCUUCCGAGAGCUGUCUGUGGCCGCUUACUCUCUCACGGAGUCACCCUGGAGCGGUGGUCCGUACACUAUCUUUGCGCCAACGGAUGCUGCCAUCAGCGUCUGCGGCUCGUGUUCUGUGUCAAGGAUCCUCCAGGAGCACACUCUUCCAGGUAUAUUCUCCGUCAACUACCUGCGCACGUUAGCAUUCGGCACCAAACUUGAGACUAUGGUGCCGGGGAGGUGCAUCACGAUCACGUCCGAUUUGCUCAACGGCACCAAGGUGUUCCUCGGAGGAGCCGAGAUCGACCGUCCGAAUCUGUUCAACAAUGGUUUUGUCGUCGUUCAUGGCCUUUCUGGAUUCGUCUCCCACCUCUCGCCCUUUUCUUGCAUCCUUGGACCGGCGUACCCUGUUCCGGCCUUCUCUGUCAUGCGCCUGAUGCUGAGGGACGCCUCCAUGAGACUGAGGAUCAGCGGGUACAGCGUGCUCGCGCUUGCUCUGAGGGUGAAGUACGCUGAGCUGGCAGGGCUGCAGAAUGUGACGGUGUUUGGAGUGGACGAUGCAGCGAUCUUCGCCGGAGGUCAGGCGUACGUUCGUGAUGUGAGGUUUCACAUAGUGCCGAACCGCCUACUGAUGGCCUCCGAUCUCGAAGAAAUGCCUGCGGCGACGGUGUUGCCGACUUUGGAACGUAACCAAACCCUAGUGGUGACCACAGCCGGAGGAGGCGGAGUGUUGGAGCCAAUGAGGAUCAAUCACGUGCGGAUCACGAGCCCUAAUGUCGUCCAUAAUCUCAAGAUCGUGGUUCACGGCCUGUCCAAGCCGUUCCCGCACCUCAAUGAUCCGCCGGUGGCCCAAGCAUCUUCCUGCGAGAUUGAAGGGUCAAUGGACGGCUACGAAUCUUGUGCGCUGGCCCCCACGCUGGAGAUCAAAUCGACAGCUGAGAUUGAUGAUGACCAUGGAUUGUGAAACCUGAUCACUCAAACGAGGAAACCCAUUUUUUGUUUCUGCUGACCAACUCUAAUCGCAUUGAGGCCCAGUGGACCAGGCCCAAAAAGAAAUUAUGGACCACGUGGCAUCCGAUGGGCCUGGGAUUUCAAAAUAAUAACAAUAAAAAAAUAAUGUCUUGUUUGUUUUUUUU